CCUCGCCUCCCGCACCCGGCAGGUUCCCCACCCGGCAGCGCCGCCCGGCAGCUCCUCCUCGUCUCCGCCCCGCCGGCCGCGGGCGCGGGGGACGUCAGCGCUGCCAGCGUGGAAACCACCGCCGGGCGCGGGAGGCGGAAGUAGCGCCCGGGACUGCCGGGCCACCCACCGGACUCCGCCGGCCGCCUGAGCCAUGGACGCGUCCCUAGAGAAGAUAGCAGACCCUACAUUAGCUGAAAUGGGGAGGAACUUGAAGGAGGCCAUGAAGAUGCUGGAGGAGAGUCAGAGUAGAAGAGUAGAAGAUGAAAAUGGGAAGAAGCUCAUGUCAGAGGAUAUUCCAGGGCCACUCCAGGGAAGUGGACAAGAUAUGGUGAGCAUCCUCCAGUUAGUUCAGAAUCUGAUGCACGGAGAUGAAGAUGAGGAGCCCCAGAGUACCCGAAUCCAGAAUAUAGGAGAACAAGGUCACAUGGCUUUGUUGGGGCAUAGUCUGGGAGCUUUUAUUUCAACUCUAGACAAAGAGAAGCUGAGAAAACUUACAACUAGGAUACUUUCAGAUACUACCUUGUGGCUAUGCAGAAUUUUCAGGUAUGAAAAUGGUUGUGCUUAUUUCCAUGAAGAGGAAAGAGAAGGACUUGCAAAGAUCUGUAGGCUUGCCAUUCAUUCCCGAUAUGAAGACUUUGUGGUGGAUGGAUUCAACGUGUUGUAUAACAAAAAACCUGUUGUCUAUCUCAGUGCUGCUGCUAGACCUGGCCUGGGCCAGUACCUUUGUAAUCAGCUUGGCCUGCCCUUCCCCUGCUUGUGUCGUGUGCCCUGUAACACUAUGUUUGGAUCCCAGCAUCAGAUGGAUGUUGCCUUCCUGGAAAAAAUGAUUAAAGACGACAUAGAACGAGGAAGACUGCCCCUGCUGCUUGUUGCAAAUGCUGGAACUGCAGCAGUAGGACACACAGACAAGAUUGGACGUUUGAAAGAGCUCUGUGAGCAGUAUGGCAUAUGGCUUCACGUGGAGGGUGUGAAUCUGGCAACAUUGGCUCUAGGUUAUGUCUCCUCGUCAGUGCUGGCUACAACCAAAUGUGAUAGCAUGACACUGACUCCUGGUCCGUGGCUGGGUUUGCCGGCUGUUCCUGCAGUGACUCUCUACAAGCAUGAUGAUCCUGCCUUGACAUUAGUUGCUGGUCUUACAUCAAAUAAGCCAGCAGACAAACUCCGUGCCCUGCCUCUGUGGUUAUCUUUACAAUACUUGGGACUUGAUGGGAUUGUGGAGAGGAUAAAACAUGCCUGUCAACUGAGCCAACGGUUACAGGAAAGUUUGAAGAAAGUGAACCACAUCAAAAUCUUGGUAGAAGAUGAGCUCAGUUCUCCAGUAGUGGUAUUCAGAUUUUUCCAGGAAUUACCAGACUCAGAUUCAGUGCUUAAAGCUGUCCCAGCACCCAACAUGGCACCUUCAGCAGUCAACCGAGAGAGGCACUCCUGCGAUGCGCUGAAUCGUUGGCUGGGAGAGCAACUGAAACAGCUGGUACCUGCGAGUGGCCUCACCGUCAUGGACCUGGAAGUCGAGGGCACGUGUAUACGAUUCAGCCCUUUAAUGACAGCUGCAGUUUUAGGAACUCGAGGAGAGGAUGUGGAUCAACUAGUAGCCUGUAUUGAAAGCAAACUGCCAGUCCUGACCUGUACCCUACAGCUGCGUGAAGAGUUCAAGCAGGAAGUGGAAGGGAUGGCAGGUCUCCUAUAUGUUGAUGACCCCAACUGGCCUGGAAUCGGGGUUGUCAGGUAUGAACAUGCUAAUGAUGAUAAGAACAGUUUGAAAUCAGACCCAGAGGGGGAAAAUAUCCAUGCUGCACUCCUGAAAAAGUUAAAUGAACUGGAAUCUGAUCUUACAUUUAAAAUGGGCCCUGAAUACAAAAGUAUGAAGAGCUGUAUCUACAUUGGCAUGGCAAGUGACGACACAGAUGUUUCCGAACUAGUGGAGACCAUUGCAGUCACAGCCCGGGAGAUCGAGGAGAACUCCAGGCUUCUGGAAAACAUGACGGAAGUUGUUCGGAAAGGAAUUCAGGAAGCUCAGGUCCAGCUGCAGAAGGCGAAUGAGGAGCGACUUCUGGAAGAGGGAGUGCUGCGGCAGAUACCUGUAGUAGGAUCCGUGCUGAAUUGGUUUUCUCCAGUGCAAGCUUCACAAAAGGGAAGAACUUUUAACUUAACAGCAGGCUCUCUGGAGUCCACAGAACACACAUAUGUCUACAAAGCACAAGGUACAGGAGUGACACCACCUCCAACCCCCUCAGGCACUCGAAUCAAACAGAGACUUCCAGGCCAAAAGCCUUUCAAAAGGUCCCUGAGAGGUUCAGAUGCUGUGAGUGAGACCAGCUCUGUCAGUCACAUUGAAGACUUGGAAAGGAUGGAGCACCUAUCCACUGGACCCGAGCAAAAUACCCAAGAGAUGGCCCAUGGCCCUGAACAACCCCCUGGGGAUUCUGUCCCUCCAGCUAGCCAUCCCGAGGCCCUCCAGAACAGGGCCCAGCACCCUGAAGAUGACCACGCACAGGUAGAAGAGCUGGAGAGCUUAAGAUAAAACGCAGCUGGGUGGAGGGCGGAGUGACUGCUGUCCCGGGAGGGGAGUUGUGUUGAAAAUGCGAACUGUGCCACAUGCUCACACGACAGGAGUGACUUAUUUGUGCUAAACAAUAAUUUUUUUUUUUUUUUUGCACAAACACAUACCUAAAAGCCAGGCUUUCUAGGAGGGCAAUCGAUGAUUUUAUAUGUAUGUAAAACAGCCAAGUACUACUGUUUCUGGCACACCCAACUAUAGUAAUCCCAUUUCCCCCCAAGUUAUCAUAAACACUUUUUAUUCAGAAAGAAUAUUUAAAAUUUCGGGUGCCUGCCAUUUGAAACACUUUCAUCUUUCUGAAUAUAAGCAUAAGUUGUUAGGUUGCACAUAGUGACUUUGUGGCAAAGCAGCCUUCAUUAGGACUCUGCAGGUUCUCUGCUGGGCUUCCGUAGAGGGAGACCACAGCAUUCGUCCAUCUGGUUCAAGGGUCUCUAGUGUGAUCGAGUUGGAUUGGUUGGCUUCAAGGAGAACAGGUCUCAGCGGGACAGUGAGAGUAUAAGAAGCUGCCUCCUGCUGUCUCCAACUGCUGCUUUUCCUGGAGAUUGAGUAAGGACUGUGUCCACCAAACUGUGGCAAGGCUUCUGUCUGGAACUGUCCUCUGCCACAAUUCCUUUUCUCCCUUUAUAUACUCUUUAUAAACAAAUUUAAGGACUCAUCUAUUAAGAGUAACUCUAACAUCUCUUUCUGACCAUGUGUGUGUGUGUGUGUGUGUGUAUAUAUAUAUAUAUAUAUAUAUGUGUGUGUGUGUGUAUACACAAACAUAUACAUAUAUAUGUAUAUUUUUAAAUACUGGUAAAGCUUUUAAAUCAGACUGAGCUCGUUUCUGUUUAAUAUCUGAAAGCCCGAAAGAGGCUGCUCUGAAGAGCCCGACACUAAGUAUGCUGUGCAGUGCUCCUUAGGUGGAAUUCUCAAGUAAGUACCUUUGACCUGUCACUCUGGAGCACCUCCAGCUUCUCUUCCACUUGUAGCUCAUCCUGGGCCCAGCUCAGAAAGGAGAGCCAGAGAAGUCAUCUCUCCCAGUCUGACCAGGCCAGACUGCUGCAAUUACUGAAUUAAGCUCCUCAUUCCUGCCCAUUUCUACUAUCCCAAAGCACCGCAUUCCUUCCAAUCGGGCCCCUGUGCCUUUUUUUUAGCCUCACAAAGUCAAGCAAUGGGAGAGCAUAGAUGGGGAGGAAUUCACAAUGGAUCUGUGGAUUACAGUGUUGGAGCCUUAGUUAUGCCACAUUAAGCCUAUAAUUAUACUGAUUUGAUGUGAUUUUUGACAUUUGGCACUUGUUAAAAUGCAAUUUUCCUUUUUUUUUUUUUUUUUUUUUGCGGGGAGGGGUGCAGAUGAUCAAACACAGUCUUCCCUGUUUAUUUGGUGCAAUGAAGUAUAGCAGAUAACCAGGGGGAGGGGUAAAUUAUCACCUUUAACAAGAUUAAUUUUUAAAUGUUUUUAUAUAUAUAUUUGGAAUUGUUAAAUUGGUUUUGCUGAAACAGAAUUUCAUCCUCGAGAUACUAUUUGAAUGUUGAUUUCAAUAAAGGUUCUUGAAAUUGUUA